AUGAAUAAAUUUAUUAUAAUUGUUCUUUCCUAUUUGGUUGUUCUGUUGAAUAUCCAAAUCAAAGGUAAAAUGGUUGAGGUUGUAUUAAAAAUAAAAGACGAUUGGGAAGAAAAAAGAGAAUUUAUUUAUUUAAAAAAUAUUCAAAUAAGGGAACGUUUUGUAUUGAUAAUGAAUGUAAAACAAGGAAGUAGAAUAGUUGAUUAUCUUUAUAAGAAUAUUGGAUCGUUGUGUAAAAUUGAAAUAGAUCAUGUUAAUAAAGUUUUUAUUGUUAAACUAUGUCAGGGGCCUAAAUUUAUCUCUCAAUUAAAAAAGAGAAUUUUGAUUGAAAUUGCCAAUAAUGAAAUUGUUAAGAAAUAUUUGAAAAACUUGGAAAAACAGGUUUAA